AUGACCGACGAGAUCACUGCUGCACCACGACAGCAGGACUCCGGCCCAGCUGGGUCAAGCUCGUACAACCACCACUUUUCAAAACAACAAAUGGGCGACGACGAGAAACAGCUUGACCUCCGCGAUGAUUCCAACAUCCCAAACAACAAGUUUGCGUUCACGCCGACGCAGCUGCAUAAGCUGAUCACCGCCCGAAGCCUAUCAGCGCUGCGAGCCUUCGGAGGUCUCCCUGGAUUGGCCGCAGGUCUUCGGACAGAUCUCGCCGCUGGCCUCAGUGUCGACGAGACCGAUCUCGAUGGAGCGAUAUCCUUCCAAGAGGCAGUGGCCGCCGGCAAGGCUCACCGAUCUGCCGUAAUCACUCCCUUGCCGUCAGCUCCAACGCACGAACAUGGUUUCAAGAUCGAUCUGGACAUUGGCCAACAUGAAGAGAAGGGCUUCACCGACCGCAGACGCAUAUUUGGCGAGAACCGGUUGCCCAAGCGGAAGCAAAAGUCAUUCAUGAGGUUAGCAUGGAUCGCGUUCAAUGACAAGCUCAUGUUCCUCCUCACACUCUCGGCCACAAUCUCAUUAGCCCUCGGUAUCUAUGAGUCCGUCGAUGCAGCGGAGAGCGAGAACAAGAUCCAAUGGGUCGACGGAGUGACUGUCGUCGUCGCCAUCUUUGUCAUCGUCUUCGCCAGUGCAGCCACGGACUGGCAGAAGAACCACAGAUUCGCGAAGCUCAACGAGAGAAAGGAACAACGAGACGUCAAGGUCAUUCGAUCGGGCAAGACGCAGAACCUAUCGGUAUACGAGGUGCUGGUGGGGGACAUCAUGCACAUAGAGACCGGUGAUGUUGUCGCUGUUGAUGGUGUCCUAGUCCAAGGCUCUGGUAUUCAGAUCGACGAGUCGACGAUCUCUGGCGAGUCGGAACUGGUGCACAAGAACGUCCCCAGCGAUAGUGACAUUCGCAACAAGAAGGCUCACAGAUCAUCGGCAACUGACCCAUUCAUCCUCAGCGGCACGACGGUUUCUGGUGGUGUCGGCGCGUACUUGGUCACCUCUGUUGGCACCAAUUCGACCUACGGUAGGACUCUGAUGUCGCUGAGAGAAGACGUGGAUGAAACUCCGCUGCAGCAGAAGUUGGGUAAGCUCGCCAAGCAGCUCAUCACCUUUGGCGCCAUCGCCGGCAUCAUAUUUUUCCUCAUCCUCUUCAUUCGCUUCUUGGUGGGACUUCGAUCGAUGUCUGGUAGUUCCUCGGAGAAGGCCGAAACUUUCUUCAAACUACUCAUCCUUGCCGUCACUGUUGUCGUGAUCACCGUGCCGGAAGGUCUUGCUCUUGCGGUGACGCUUGCCCUUGCCUUUGCCACCACCAGAAUGCUGAAGGAUAAGAACCUGGUUCGCCUCAUUCGUUCAUGUGAGAUUAUGGGCAACGCGACGUGUAUCUGCUCUGACAAGACAGGCACGCUGACCCAGAACAACAUGACUGUCGUUGCCGGCCGCAUAGGCAUCUCUGAGCGCUUCGGUGACAUCGCAAAAGUGCCGUCAACCACGACAGACGAAGCUGAUAAGGGUGCUGUCAGCGACUCUGGGGCCAGUGACGACAACCCUCGAGGGCUUCUGGACUCGCUCAGCGACGAUGUGAAAACGUUGAUGAAGAACAGUGUCUCCCUCAACUCAACCGCGUUCGAGAGCGAUGAUCCGAAAGAUCCCGGCUUUGUCGGUACAAGCACCGAGACGGCCUUGCUUAGAUUCGGCCGUGACUUCCUAUCUAUGGGCCCUCUCAAUGAAGAGCGAGCGAAUAACGAGGUUGCCGACAUGUUCCCCUUCGAUGCCUCGCGCAAGUGGAUGGCGGUCAUGGCCAAGGUUUCUGAAGGGAAAUACAGGCUUCUCGUCAAGGGCGCGGCUGAGGUGGUCUUCGAUCAGUGCUCCUUCAUCCUCAAGAACCCAAAGACAGGACUCGCCGUCCAAGUCAUCACCGCCGAUGCCCGCGAAGACAUGCGUUCUACGAUCCGAGACUACGCCUCACAGAUGCUGCGGCCCAUAGUUGUCGCCUACAAAGACGUGGAUUCCGCCGAAGCAUUCGAGAACCCCGAUGACCCCGACUCGAUCAAGUUCGAGAAGCACUUUAGCGAUAUGACGUUCGUCGGAGUGUUUGGCAUUCGCGACCCUCUCCGACCGGAAGUCCCCGACUCUGUGCGCCAGUGUCAAGACGCAGGCGUGUUCGUCCGCAUGGUCACCGGCGACAACUUCUUGACUGCGAAAGCCAUCGCAAAAGAGUGCGGGAUCUACAGUCCGGGAGGUCUGGCUAUGGACGGGCCGACGUUCCGAAAGCUGACACCUGCUCAAUUGGACUUGGUCAUUCCUCGACUCCAAGUUCUGGCUAGGUCUAGCCCGGAAGACAAGCUACUCCUUGUCACACACCUGAAGGGAAUGGGUGAGACUGUCGCUGUUACUGGUGAUGGUACCAACGACGCGUUGGCCCUCAAGGCGGCUGAUGUGGGCUUUGCUAUGGGAAUCCAAGGCACGGAAGUAUCCAAAGAGGCUGCAUCUAUCAUCCUGCUUGAUGAUAACUUUGCAUCCAUCGUCAAAGCUUUGAUCUGGGGUCGAACGGUAAACAUCGCGGUGAAGAAGUUCCUGCAAUUCCAAUUCACUAUCAACAUCACUGCCGGCACCCUCACCGUCGUCUCGGAGCUUGUUGGUGACUCGCUCUUUACGAUUGUCCAGCUUCUUUGGAUCAAUCUCAUCAUGGACAUCUUCGCGUCGCUUGGCUUAGCUACCGACUACCCUUCGCACGACUUCAUUCGACAGCGCCCAGAGCCCCGCAAGGCACCCAUCGUCACCAUCACCAUGUGGAAGAUGAUCCUGUGCCAGGCCGUCUACCAGCUCGCCGUGAUGUUCACGCUGCACUACGUCGGCGAGUCUCUCUGGGGAAUUGACACCAGCGACCAGAACCAAGUACAAUCCUUCCAAACAAUGGUCUUCAACAUCUACGUGUUCAUGCAGUUUUUCAACCAGCACAACUGCCGUCGUGUCGACAACCGACUUAAUAUCUGGUACCAAGGCGUCCUCCGCAACCCGUGGUUCAUCGGCGUCCAGUGCGCCACUCUAGCAGGUCAGAUGAUCAUCAUCUGGAAGGGUGGUCAGGCCUUCGACACCCGCCCUCUCGACGGCCCGCAAUGGGGCUGGUCCAUGCUCUUCGGCGUAUUGGUCAUUCCCCUCGGAGCAAUUAUCCGCCAGAUUCCUGAUGAAUGGGUGUAUGCUUUCUUCCAGAUGAUCAAGCGAGCCUUCGUUGGCACCCUCUACGGCAUGUCCAAGCUCUUGCCCUCCAGAUGGAGGAAGAAGGCGGAAGAGGAAGCAGAAGACUUGGGAGCAAUGGAGAGUUGGGUCUUGCAGACCGGCGCAGCACUCCUGCGGCCAAUGAACUACGAAUGGGGUAGCACGACACCACCGCCCGGUGGCGGACUCGCCGGUCGCGUUUCCAGCAUCCCCGCCGCUCAGAGAGAGGCCUUGGCGCGCGCGGCCCGGGCUGGAACAGGCGACAACGAGAUCGACGUGCCUCAGCUGAUCGAGAAUGCGCGGUACGCGAAGGUUGAGCUAUCCUACGGCCUCGAAGUCCACCCUGGGACUCCCAAAGAGGACCCGAUCUUGCUCACAUCCAUUGGAAUUGAUGGCAAGAAGUGCCCUCCGAGUCAAGAUCCCGAGAUCUUGAGAUAUUUGCAGCGCCCCCACUCCAAUUAA